GCCCGCAGAGCGGGCUGUUUGUUGUUGUCAAUGUAAAUAUUUUGUUGCAAAUUCAGGUACUGUGAAAGCAACGAUGAAAAACAGCAAAAAAGAUACUUUUGUAUUACUUUUCUUUUCACAAGUGAACCAAUUUUUUUUUGGAAAAACUUUAUAGCCUUAUUUCCACAAUUCAUCUAACAAAAAAUGAUGCAACUAAACUUAAACCAAGUGGAUUAUUUGCAGGUUGGUGUCACAUCUCCAAAAUGCAUGAAAAUUCUACCAGCUGGUGGGAAAAGAGCUGUACAAAAGAUUGUUGUAGCAGAUCACAGUGGAGUCGUAACUUGUUUUGGCAUGAAGAAAGGAACUGUACAGAUGGUGUUUAAAACCCUACCUGGUCCCAGUAUAUCUCGUCUUGCCUUGGGAGGAAUUGAGGGUACAUUGCGGGAUAAAAUAUUUGUUGCAUCAGGUGCUGAAGUUCGAGGAUAUAAUAAAAAAGGAAAACAGUUUUUGGGCUUUGAUACAAAUCUCACUGAAAGUAUUAAGUCAAUGUUUGUUAAUGGAGCAGAUCUUCUACUUUGUGGAAACUAUAUAUAUAAUCAUUAUCAAGACUGUAAAGACAAAAACUACUUCUUAUGUAGUGAUAAAAUCAGUGAUGUAAUAUCUUUAGCAUCUAAAUCAUGUGUCACUCCUGUACUUGCUUGUGAUGAUCGUUUAUUGCGUGUUCUUAAGGAUUCAAAUUUACUUUACGAACUGGAAGUAGCUGGACCUCCUUCGGUUUUAGCUUUAAAAGAUGGAAAUGGUGGAGAAGAAGGAGACGAGGUUCUUUAUGGAACAUCAGAUGGCAAGAUUGGACUUGUACAAUUACUAGAUAAACCAUUGCAAAGUCACAGAUGGAAAAUACCAAACAACAAAAGAUAUGGAGGCAUUCUUUCUUUGGAUAGUUAUGAUAUUACUGCAGAUGGUAUAUCUGACGUCCUAGUAGGUCGUGAUGAUGGAACUGUUGAGGUUUAUGGUUUUGAUGAGAUGGAAACACCGGUGAAUCGCUUUAAAUAUAGCAUAAGCGAAAGCGUAACAUCCAUAUCGGGUGGUUGUGUUGGUACAGCUGGCUAUGAUGAAAUUAUUAUGUCUACAUACAGCGGUUGGGUCAUGGGUCUUACCACUGAACCACGUGAUAAAGAAACUGGAUCUUCACUAAUUGAUCAAAAGGAUGUCAUUAGUGAGGAAAACCAAGUGAAAAUAAUGGCUUUAAGAGAACAGUUGAAUGAACUUCAAGAUAAAGUUUUACGAGAGCGAGAAAGAUAUCAACAAACAGCUCAAUCACAAAGUGCUGUUUCUGCUUUACCUCAUUUUUCUGUCAACGAUAAAUUUACUUUAAAUCGUGAUGAUGCAAGUUACACUUUAAGCAUUGAAGUUCAGCUACCUAUUGAUAACAUUCUAUUGCAGAGCGACGUUCCAGUAGAUUUGUUAGACGUUGACAAAAAUUCAGCUGUAGUAAGCUACAGUGCUUGUAACGUGGAGAAUGGUAAUUUCCUUCUUGCAACCUACCGUUGUCAAGCAAAUACUACAAGACUUGAGUUAAAGAUUCGUUCAAUCGAAGGACAAUAUGGCACACUGCAAGCUUACAUAACACCGCGUAUACAACCAAAAACGUGCCAAGUUCGACAGUAUAGCAUAAAACCUUUGUCCCUACAUCAAAGAGUACAUAGUUUUAAUGAGGAAAAUGCGUUGAAUACAUUGAAGCUGACAGGGCCUUUUAGUUUAGCAGAAGUUCACUCAUGGGUGUGUUUUUGUCUUCCUGAAGUUCCCGAGAGAACGCCUGCUGGUGAUCGUGCCCAAUUUCACUUUUUAUCGACAUUCUUGGAUACACAGCUGGAUUGUCAAUACAUGAAAGGCGAAGCUGUGUUUCGUUCUGAUAAUGUAUCAACUAUAUCCAUUCUUAAAGAUGUGCUCACAAAAGAGGCGACAAAAAGAAAAAUAAGUUUGAACAUUUCCUGUGAUUUCAAUGAAGAGUCUGUUCUUCAUACUCUCCAAUUGAUUCAUCCAAAACUUGAGUAUCAACUUCUUUUGGCAAAGAAAAUACAACUUAUCGAUGGUUUGAAGGAACUGGAAAUGCAUGAAAAUGAUGUUGGUUUUCUUGCUCCCGAAUACAAGCAAAUUUUGGAGGAAAGCGAGAAAUUACAAGAAGAAUAUAAGAAGCAACCUUGCCAUUUGGAAAGACUAUACGGUAUGGUGACCGAUUUAUACAUCGAUAAAUUUAAAUUUAUGGGGAUGAACGUCAAAAACAAAGUCCCAAACCUUUUAGAGGUUUUGGACAACUAUGAUCUCACAAACUUGAUCGAAUUUUUUGAAACUGUAUAAACACGUGUAUCUAUUGUAAAAUAGUUCUUUAUCUAUUAUCUGCUUUUAAUAAAUUUUUCCUUCUGCUAUAUAAAAA